UGAAUGUGUUUCCUCAUCACCUCCAUCCUCGCUGUGUCUGAAGUGAGCAGAAACUGACCACUUCUGUGCCUGAGGUUAUUAGACAGACAGACAGACAGACAACCAGUAUGGUGGGAGACACAAUGAGAAACAGAUGAUGAUGAGGAGGGCAGGAGUGGAGGAAAUCUGGAGGUGAGGAACCAGUGAUUACAGGCCACAUGGGAAAUGGACAAGACUGGAUAAGACAGGAGGUCAAGGUGGAAGAGAGGAGAGCCCGGCAUGGUGAGGUCAGUUCCAUAUCUUCCUGUCAACAAUGGGUUCUGGGCUCAAGGGCACAGCCAUCCUGUCGGUGACCACAAGGAAGGAUGUUCUGCGGUGUGGGAAGGAAGAAGCCAGAAUGAUGAAGUUGCUGGUCACAAGGAGGUGGAGAUGGGGAGGUCCUGCCCCAUUCUGUCCUCCACCUGAGAAGACUGUGGGGUUUUGUGUCCCUUUACCCUGAUUCUUCCUGACUCCUGAGCACCCCAGUGUCCCUCACAGGUCCUCCUCUCCUUCCUGAUAACUCUGCUGGUCUCACUUCCUGGAGGGAAUCAGGCCAUGGCUUGGAUCCUGCUUCUGCUGCUGUCAGCUGCAUGCCUGCAAGCUGGUCACUCAGUAGGACCGAACAGAGAAAGACUCUUAAAUGUUAUUCAGCCAAUAAACCUCUCUGGUGUCGAGGGAGGCUCCAUCGAGAUCCCCUUCUCCUUCUACUUCCCCUGGGAGUUGGCAGAGGAUCCAGAUAUGAGGAUUCUCUGGAGAUGGAAAGACUUCCAUGGGGAAUUUAUCUACAACUCCACCCCACUUUUCAUACAUGAGCAUUUCAAGAACCGGUUCACCCUGAACUGGACACAACCUCAGACAUCCAGAGUCCUCAGAAUCCUGGACUUGAAGAAGAAGGACCAGACAAAGUACUUUUGCCAAUUUCAACUGAACUCAAAACGAGGCAUGGAGAGUUUGCAGUCAAUUGUAGGGACCCAGCUGACCAUCACCCAUGGUAUCAGGACCACCAUGCAGAGCUCCUUCAUAGUCACCUCUGCAGUCACCACAUCUGGCCUGGAGGACACAGGGGGCCUGAGGAAAAUUUCACUUGUGAACCUGGGAGCCACGAUCGGGGUGGUGGUGGCCACGGCUGUGCUCAUAACCCCCGUCUGUGUAUUGAUGGUCUUCCUCUGGAGGAAGCAAAGGUAA